AUGGAAAACACAGGAGCCAUCUACGCGGGCAGCUGGAAGGGAAACGAGCGUUUCGGAGUGGGACGACAAGUUUGGAGGGACGGCACUGUUUAUGAAGGCGAAUGGUGCGACAACCUUCCAGAUGGGAAAGGUCGCUUCGCUCUCGCCAAUGGAGACGAAUACAUUGGCGAGUGGAAGAAGGGCUUCGCGUGUGGGGUGGGCGUGUUUCAAUCCCAUGACGGAACCACGUAUGAAGGAACGUGGAUGAGACAUUUACAGCACGGCUAUGGGGUCGAGCGGUCCGAAGGAGGACGUGCAACGUAUGCAGGCAGCUUCAGGAACGGUGUCAAGGAAGGACCCGGCUCCUCAAAGUGGGAUACGGGUGCCUCGUACCAUGGCUGUUGGAGUGGCAACCAGUGCCACGGCUUCGGGUGCUUUUUCGAUGCUUCUGGAGAGAAUGCGUAUCGUGGGCACUGGAACCGAGGAGCGAUGGAUGGGUUUGGAAUAUUCUCCUGGGCCGGUGGGCGGACCUAUGAAGGAGAAUAUCGGAUGGACGAGAAGCAUGGCUUUGGCGUGUUUACGUGGGACGACGGCAAAAGCUACAAGGGUUUCUGGAGGCAAGGAAAGCAGGACGGACAAGGUCGGUAUUAUGUAAGAUCGCCAGGACCCUACAAAACUGGCACCUGGAGCAACGGGAGGAGAACCAAGUGGCUUGUUGGCGGCAUCCUCCAGUAA